GAUAGCCGCAACCGCGUGUAGGAAGCUCUGCUUCAGAGCAACGUUUUUUUUUUUCUUUGGUUUUUUUGGAAACCGUCUGACUGGUUCUUACCAAAAAACGUAGGAGCUCCCUUUGGGAAAAAGAUUUUGUUUAUGUUUUGACAUCUUUCGUGUAAGAAAAACCUGCGGAUUAAAUUAACGUCGGAGGUUCUGCCGGUAAGCUGUGUUUUGUUUCAGCGCUCACAGACUUUUACAGACGUAAUGCGAUUUUUGACCAGCUGCCGCGCUUUAUGCGGCAAUUGGAGUCAGUAUCCAUUAUGAGAGCUAUUUUUCUUCAGCUGUAUACGGUAGAACAAGAAGAACGUCUUUAAAAUUCCAGGAUUCCAUUUCGCCGCAGCUAUACUGAGAAAUAUUGUGGUCAGGAUCUGGAAUCUCUUAUCUUUCCUGUAAAUAUCGACACGACGACUCAUAUCGACCUACGACUCUCAACAGUCUUCGAGACUCUCUUUUUCGGUUGAGACCUUGACGAGAAGCCCUGUUGGGCAAAUUAUUCCGAACGCCUGCUACCUCUGGAAUGUGUUGGUGAGAUGGAUGUCAACAUGGACUUACGAAUGAACUUGGAUUAUAUUGUAGAGAACCCGGAUUAUACGAAGAAACUAGCUGGUGGUUUAGAUACAACGAAUGCAGCUCACAAGAAACAGAUAUUUGAACUCCUGAGUGCUCUUUGCGUCUACAAUAGCGAUGGUUACCAAAGAGCUCUCGAUACUUUGGAACAUUAUCGAGCUAGCAAGAAAGAAAGGUACCGUUUCAAGGUCGUAGUGGACGAAUUGCGCAGUUCCUCUGAUUUGGAUUACCUCUCGGCUGUAGUCGCUUUUGUCAACUGCACCAUCAUAUCAUCUAAGUCAUUGAAAGACAGGAUUCGUAUUCGGAAUGAAUUCAUCGGUUUGAAGAUUUUGGAUGCUAUAAGCAGACUAAGAACUACUUUUGCAGAGAGUACAGAUAGCGAGUUGUUUGUGCAAUUGGAUAUUUUUGAUGAGCAUAGAAUAUCCGAUGAAUGCCAAUCUACUGGUCCUAAUGGAGUUGAUUUAAAUAGCCAUCAAGAUGUGUUUUAUGCUAUACUGAGACAGGUUGCUGAGACUCCACAAGAAGUUCCUUUCCUGAGUAUUUUGCAGCACCUACUUCGUGUAGACACAUCCUUACCAAUAUCUGACAUUAUUUGGGACACUGCCGAAAAACUCGUUCAUCGAGCCACUCUCUGUGAAACAAAAGAAGACUCGGAGAAACUUUUAAGAGCUCCAAGUUAUCAUCACAGUUUGAACAAAUUACUCCGGGGACUUCAGGAAAGUGGAGGGCGCUGUCUAUGUUCUUGCCAUAACAAUGGAGAUAUUUCAGGCGCUCCAGCAGAUAGCAGAACACGAAAACGGACUCCUCUACAGUUAUCCUUUGGAGCACCUGAAGGUUCCAAAACUCCUGGUAUACUUAGCCCUACAAAUUCCUCAAUGGCUUUUAGUCCAGAACUAUUAGCAACAUUGUCCAGAGCAAUUUCACCGCCACCGAAACUCACCACUACUCCUGCUCCUCCAUCUAGCGGUGGCGCUCCGCCUCCACCACCACCAGCGGCACCUCCACCACCUCCUCCGCCACCAGGUGGUGGAGGACCACCACCUCCUCCGCCACCGCCACCACCACCUCUUUUAGGAGGGCCUCCGCCUCCACCUCCACCUCCUGGAUCACCUCGUGCUGUUUUUACGAAGCCUUUGACUCCCACUGCCGAAGUGCCUGAAGUAAAACUACCCCAGCAAGCUACCCCCAAGCCGAAAAAUAAGAUGAAGUCUCUGAACUGGACAAAGAUACCAAGUAACAAGGUUGUCGGACGUACCAACUUGUGGUCCCUCAUCGCUAAAGCUCAUGAUGGUAGCCCUAACAAUUUGGAUUUUGAGACAAUGGAAGGCUUGUUUUGCCAGCAAAGUAUGCUAAACGGUCAACAAUCACCAAGGCUCGGUACCCGAAAUGACAAGAAUGGAAGGGACAGUCUUGACAGAAAAAAGAGAGAAUCCUCAGAGAUCAAUCUUUUGGACGGAAAACGAAGUUUGAAUGUCAAUAUUUUUUUGAAACAAUUUCGAAGUUCCAACGAUGAAAUAAUCGACAUUUUAAAACGAGGAGCCCACGAAGAAAUUGGAGCUGAGAAAUUGCGUGGCCUUUUGAAAAUCCUUCCGGAAUCUGACGAAAUCGAACUCUUACGAAAUUACAGUGGGGAUAGACCCAAGCUUGGGAAUGCUGAAAAAUUUCUUCUACAGCUCAUAGAAUUGCCAAAUUAUAAACUUCGAUGCGAAGGAAUGCUUCUUAAAGAAGAAUUCACAUCAAAUAUGGCUUAUCUGGAACCAGCAAUCGAAAGCAUAGAAUCUGCUGUGGAGGAACUGAAGCAUUGUAGAGCACUUCAUGAAAUUCUGUACAUGCUGCUGGUAGCGGGGAAUUUUCUCAAUUCUGGAGGAUAUGCUGGAGAUGCAGCAGGAUUUAAAAUGAUGUCUUUGCUCAAGAUAGCUGAAAUUAGAGCCAAUAAACCAGGAAUGAACUUAAUCCAUUACGUAGCUCAAGAAGCAGAAAACAAAUUUCCAGAGUUGUUGAAAUUUCCGGAGUAUUUGCCCAGUUUAGAAGAAGCUUCAAAGCUUUCCAUUGACAACUUGAAAUCGGAAAUCACUAAUUUAAACAACAAAGUAUCGAAAAUCUCUCAACAAGUUUCAAUUUCCGGCGAAGAUGUGAAAGAGCAAAUGGGAGAAUUUUUGGACUUCGCUCGUCGAGAAGUGAUGGCUCUCCAGAAAGAAAUCGAUGGACUGGAGAAGAAGCGAGAAGAUAUGGCUGAGUUUUUAUGUGAAGAUCUACAAUCUUUCAAACUUGAAGAUUGUUUUAAAAUUUUUCAGAACUUCUGUCAAAAAUUUAAAGCUUCAAUAGAGGAAAAUGUAAAGCGCCGCCAGCAAGAAAAGAGAGCAGAAGAACGAAGAAAGCAAAGAGAAGAACAAUUAGCUCUAAAGAAGAAAAUUUCUGGAGAUACAAGACCUUCGUCCUUUUCUGGAAGUGAAAGUGACAACGUCAUUGACAUGCUUCUGGGUGAUAUUCGUGGUGGAUUCAACCGUUUUGUCGACAAUGGCAAGUCAGCCCGCGGGUCAGGAAAAGCAAAACGUUCAUCUCCUGAUGGAUCUGCUACUGCCAUAGAGCUGUGUCGAAUGAAUAGUCUCACAUCUAGUGUGCCUUCUGAGGAUGAUCCUACAGCUUCACCAAGGGUCAUACGCCGCAGAAUUGGAUCUUCUAACUCUGUUGCAAAUGGUUCUGGAGGUGACUUAGAUGGAUUCGACACUCAGUCACCAGAUGUCACGCCUAACAGUACACUACAACGACGGAGACAAAGACUGUCUUCAGAAGACAAAGAUGACAGUUUGAUCGAUUUCUUGAGGCAAACCGCUGAUGCCGAUGCUGCCAGAGCCGAAAAAUACAAAGGUCCAGAUAGUGGGUCAUUGGACAGAUCAAUGAUUAGAAGGUCAUCAAGAAGGAGAAGACCUGAGUUAGCUGCAGUUGAGUUGAUCGACAGAGAGCGUCCAGCAUCUCCUGGGCCUUCACCGUUAUUAGAAAGGAAGCCGAUGACUCUAGAUUCAGAGGCUAAUAAGCCUAAGCAGUGGCGUAUUAAAAUCGAAGAAUGGCUGCAAGAAAACGAAAAAGAACAAGCAAGAGAAAGAAAACUGAGAGAGAAAAUUGCCAUGGAACGCUGGAAACGUCAAGAAAUGGAACAACGGGAAGCAGAUUUGUCUUCCUCCCCCAUAGAUAAAACUGAUGAAAUUAAAUCUUCUGCUAAGAAUUUAGAGACACUUCAUGAAGCCAAAACUGAUUCUGAAGUGUAUGCUAAUAAGAAGAAGGUCACUGAAAAAUCAAACACUAAAAAGUGUCCUGACGCGGAGGGAGGUUCGCCUUUAAAAGAUAAAUCAAAAUGGCGCAAGAGUAAUCUAAAUGUUGCAAACAGUAGUGAAUCGAUUGAUGAUGAACGCAGGAGGAAUAGAAGCAGAAAGCCGAAAUCGGAUGCAGAAGAGGAAGAAACUAUCUCAUUCUACAUUCGAAGUCCAGAAGUUGUAGAAAUCGUGAAUGAGUGUGAUUCGAAAGAAUUCUUCCCACAAAAGCCACCUUUAGAAACUUCAACUGUUUCAGCCUCGCCCAUCUCGGUCGCAAAUUUCUCUAGUUCCGAUAACACACCGAUAAAAACUCAAAAUAUGCAAGAAAAAAUCAAUGAAGCAGAUGAAAAAGAACAGUCGCAGACCUCUCAGAACUUGAAUGGACCCAAAAAUGUUGUUUUGAAUGAUGACAACGCUGGAAUAUCAAUUGGGCGAAGCCGCUUUUAUCAAAGUAUGAAAGAGCCGUCUCUAAAUAGGGAAGAUCACAUAGUUAAUAAAAGUGCUGCGUUGGACGAUCAAAUGCUUAAUAAUGCAACAGCACAAAAAUCAGCAAAUAAAUAUUUUGGGGAUAAUAAUGAGAAACUGACAACGGAAGAAGAUACAAAAAUUCAUCCUUUGGAAAAAGACGAAGAAGGAAACUUUGAUAGGUUUUCAUUUAUGAGAAAAACAACACGGCGAACUAAACCAAGGCACAAAAUAUCAGAUCCCGAAGUCAAAAAUUCUGAAAAUAAUGAAAAUCAAAGCAUAAGCAGUGACGUUCCAGAACCUAAGGAAAUAAUAGAAUCUUUAGAGCAACAGUGUAAAUCAGAUGCAGCUUUGAAGACUGAUAAAGAGAACAUUAAAGAAAUCGCAACAACUGGCAAAGAAGCCCAAACUGUAAGCGAAGAAAAAAGUAAGAAUCGAGGAUUAUUUACCAAAAAUAUUACUGAUAGUAAUAGAAUACCAGAAAACAAUGAAGAUACGAAACGAAAAGAUAAAUCUUCGACUUCCUUAAAAGCUCGACUUUCAAAACGAUUGCUUUCUCUAACAGAAAAUCUUAAAGUCGGAACAAAAAAUGCUGAACCAACUGAUAACAGUACUUCAAAUCCGUCAACACCGAGUAUCAAAUCAACUGUGGAGGAUAGGAGAAUAUAUUUACAAGAGCCUCCUUGUCCUAGAAUAGAAAAAGUACUGAAUGAAAGACGAGCUAGUUUGAAAGAAGAAAAACCAAAUCCUAUUAUGGAACAUAGAGAGAAAGUUUUGUCGCGUCCUCGGCAAGAUAUAAUUCAAUUACCUCAUAAAAAUAAACAAAAUCAAUACAAUCCUCUUAUCUCAGAACCUAAGAUGUUAAGAGAAAGUUAUAUAGCCGAUACAAGCAACAUUAAGGUUGUUCAUGCUAUGCCUGUAAAUCAUGAUUUCAAAACAUUUGAAACUUGUCCUGCUCAAAAUAAAGGAAAAGAUGAAUCUGAGAAAGAUGAAGGGUUCGAAGAAACCCAGUCUCAGCUUUCCGAAGUAGCAUCUCAGGAAGCAGGUUCCAAUUAUGAUACUGAUUUGGCCGACUCUCCAAGAAGUAUAAGGCAAACAAAAAGCACUAGACCAGACAAUCUACCAAUAAGCCAAGAAAGCACUUCACCUGAAACUUCCCUUGAAAUUGAAAAAAGCGAUGAAGAAAAAAGCAAAUUGAAAGAAAGUACAAUUACAGUGAGUUCUCCUAAGGAUAGAACUAUUGGUAAACGAAAUUCCUUCUCUAGAUCAACACUGCCUAACACGAGAUCUCUACCGGUUCGUCAGAAUAUGCAGGAAAAGCAAACUAAUUUGUCUCGAAAAUUACCCCAGAAUUCUACUCCUAUGAGAUCUAAUUCAAUCCGUUCGCGAAAUACCUCUAAUGAUAAAAUCGCUUCAAGACAAAACAGCCCUCUUAUUAAAUCCCCAAUUGUAAAUAAAUUUCCUUUAACAAGGGAACAAAAAUAUAGCAGUGCUAGAAAGAAUUCGCAGGAAAGUGUGUACAGCUCAGGAAGCAGAAGUCCUUCAUUAAGGGGUUCAAGGUUAACCAAAAAGGACUCCAGCCCAAAGAUUGGCCGCAGAGUCGCGGGAUAUACAAAGGCCAUAAACUCCAUGACUAACAAUUUGAGAGGUGGAAAGCCAUUUGAAAAUUAUGAUGUUACUCAAUCUAUGCCACCUACUCCGUCUGAUGAACAUAAAACUUUUAUGUCUAGUCUGAAAGCUUCCGAUAAUGUAAAAAAGACUCGCUCAAGCUCAUCCGUUCAUAGCCCUCGAUCUCAGAGUAGGCGUUCCAGCGAAAGAUCUUUAAAUGGAUCUAUUGGACUUUCAAGCAGAAAGGGAAGUGAAAAAUCCUUGUCUAGAAGGUCAAGCGACAGAAGUUUAAAUUUAUCUAGGAAAUCAAGCGAAACAUCUGUUAUUACAGUCAAGAGUGCAAAUAGGAGAACUCCAGUAAGGCCAAAACCAACUCCCUCACCUCAGACUAAUGCCAAAUCAGCCACAACUAGUCUUCGAGCAAAUGUAUCUAAGACUAGACCUUUAAACUCAAGAAGCCCAAACCAAACAAAGCAGCUGCCUAUUCCUACAUCAACUAAUAAACCGAUUGCUAGAUCAAAUUCUAGUACAAAGCCAACCUCAAAUAUUAAAUCCAACGCGGCCGUUCGCCGGACAUCUAGCGACAAAUCUUGCAGUUUUAUGAAAGCCACAUCUGCAUCAACUGCAAAAUCAGCACCUACGAAGUCCAACCUUGAUUCAACCACGAAUAGAAUGCCAUCAAGAUCACCUUCCAUUAAAGUUGAGAUGUCUGCUAAAUAAAAGAGAACGGAGGAAAAGUAUUAUCCAAAACUGAGUGAAAGGUUGUAAACCAAAAAUGUAUCCUUAUUUUGACAAUUAUUCACAAACUUUAUUCUUACAAAAUGACACUUAUCCAUCAUCCAAAUGUAUUCAAGAUACAACUUUGCUUUAUUUCAACUGUUUGUUAUAUGAUGUUUUUAAGCCUCCUCAGCCAUCUGUAAAAUUAUCAGGAUCUUAACAUCCAUAAAUUUUAUGUAUUUUCACAACUGAAUAAAACAAAGCUUAUUUCACAAAA